UUCUACAUAUUUUAUCUUCUUCUCCUUCAGUUACAUACUAAACUGAAAACAAAACCAAAAACUCUCUCCACCAUCCACCGAUUCGAAGAAUCCAAAUUCCAAAACCAAAAGAGAAAUAAUUGAGCUGCGGAUCAGUGGUUUACUGCUCGCCUUUUUCCCGAGCCCAAUUCAAAUCCGCCAGAUGGCCUUCCUUCUUCCACUGAAAUCUCCAAAUCCCCAAACCUGUCCUAGCUCUCUGUAAAUCCGUGACACACAGAGCAACCAAAAUCCCCAAAAGCCAUGCCCGUGACCUGUCUCGUGAAUUCAAUUCCUAUUGCCUAAAAUUAAACCAGAAUCAAACAAACCAAAUCCAAGUACCAAAACCCACUAACUUCCAAUUCCUAAAAUUGACCCAUUGACUCCGCACCCAAAUUCAUAACGCAGCCAAUCACGCCAUGACCACCCAUCAUCUUCGAAAACCCAUAAAGCCCAUCAAGCUACCAUGUUUUUCUUCAUCCCCCAAACCCAAAUUCCUCUUUCUCAUUUCCAUGGCCUCCUUCCUCUUCCUCGCCCUCCUCUCCCUCACUAUCUUUCUCUCUCUCACCUCCGCCGCCCGCAACCACCACCCGCCGCGCGGCCGCGUCAUCUCCCCCAUCCCUCAGAUCCAGCAAGCCUGCAAAGCCACGCGCUUUCCCGACGCGUGUCAGGCCUCCUUAGCCGGGCUUGUCACUGACCCGAACACCACCCCAAUCCAGACCAUCCAGUCCGCCGUCCAGGUGUCCAUCGAUGGCCUGCACACAGCGCAGAAGAUGGUCAAGUCUAUCCUAGACUCGUCCGCAGGCAACGAAAACCGCACCACCGCCUCUAAAAACUGCGUCGACGUCCUCGGCAACUCCGAGUACCGCAUUUCGCUCUCCACCGACAGCCUGUCACAUGGAAGCAUUAGAAACGCACGUGCCUCGAUGAGCGCCGCGCUACUCUACCAAUACGACUGCUGGUCGGCCCUCAAGUACGCCAACGACACACAGAUGGUCAACCAAACGAUGUCGUUUCUCGACUCGCUGAUCGGAAAAUCCAGCAACGCCCUCAGCAUGAUGUUCUCGUACGACAACUUCGGGAACGACACCAAGUCGUGGGCCCCUCCCAAGACCGAGCGCGACGGGUUCUGGGAGCGGGUCGAGGGUGGAGGGUCCGGCCAGGAGGUUCGGGUCGGAGUGCCGCCGGGUUUAAAGGCGGACGUGACGGUGUGCAAGGAGGAGAGCGAGAAAUGCUACAGGACGGUGCAGGAGGCGGUAAACGCCGCACCGGAUAACGCGGGAGCGAAGAAGUUCGUGAUUCGUAUUAAGGCUGGGGUGUACGACGAGAUCGUGAGGGUGCCCUUAGAGAAGCGGAACGUGGUGUUUUUGGGCGACGGGAUGGGCAAAACAGUAAUUACUGGGUCGUUGAAUGUGGGCCAGCCCGGAAUUUCCACGUACAACACUGCCACAGUAGGAGUUCUUGGUGAUGGGUUCAUGGCCAGUGGCCUCACAAUCCAGAACACAGCAGGCCCUGAUGCCCACCAAGCAGUAGCCUUCAGAUUAGACAGUGAUCUCUCUGUGAUUGAGAGCUGUGAAUUCUUAGGCAACCAGGACACUCUCUACGCACACAGCAACCGCCAGUUCUACAAGUCAUGCAACAUCCAAGGCAAUGUCGAUUUCAUCUUCGGAAACUCAGCUGCGGUUUUCCAAGACUGCAACAUCCUCGUCCGCCCUCGACAACUAAACCCUGAGAACGGGGAAAGUAACACCAAAGGCGAAAACAACGCAGUCACCGCCCAUGGCAGAACAGACCCCGCACAGUUGACGGGUUUUGUAUUUCAGAACUGCUUGAUCAACGGCACGGAAGAGUACAUGAAGUUGUAUCGCAGCAAGCCCCAAGUGCACAAGAACUACUUGGGGAGGCCAUGGAAGGAGUAUUCGAGGACAGUUUUUAUUAACUGUAACAUGGAAGCUCUUGUCACCCCAGAGGGAUGGAUGCCUUGGAGUGGGGACUUUGCUUUGAAAACCCUUUUCUAUGGGGAAUUUGGUAAUUCUGGAGCUGGUUCUGAUUUGUCCAAGAGAGUGUCAUUUAGCAGCAAGAUCCCAUCUGAACAUGUUAAUACAUAUUCUGUGCAGAAUUUUAUUCAGGGAAAUGAGUGGAUUUCAACAUGAAAAUUUUAUAGGUAUUUUCAAAUCCUUUAUAGCAAUAAAUAUUAAUUAGUAGUGAGUGUACAAGGAGCUCGUAUCAAAUUAUUAAAUACUUUUUUAGUGGAGCUGUGGAGGGAAAGAUAGUUGAUUUUUUCUUUGUCAGUUCUUGUAACAUUUACCCUAUAAUGUGCCCUCUUUAUAAUCAUUUACAUUUCUGGUUGGCGUGAGA